GGGAAAUAGAUAUAUCUCAUAUCUACCUUUCCAAUGUUUGAUGUCGUGAAGACUUGGGCAAAGACCAAUUGCUAUAUAAUGGAUUAAUACAUUUGAAACAUAAAUCAAGCAUCCAAAUCCCUUUGAAGCAAUCUAUAUAUAGUAACAGAAUGAAGAAGAACAUUGUCUUAUUGAUUCUUCUCUUUCUAAUUCAAUUUUCUAUAUCACUUGCUUCCUCAAAUGAGACUGACCAACAAGCUUUACUAGCUUUCCAAAAUCUUGUUAAAAGUCCCAGUCAUUUUUUGGCCAUUAAUUGGACCAACAAUACUUCUUUUUGCUCUUGGUUCGGUGUCACUUGCAGUUCAAAAAGGCAAAGGGUUGUGGCCUUGGCUCUUCCUAAUUUGCAACUGCAAGGCACAAUUUCCCCAUCUUUGGCCAAUUUGUCCUUUCUCAGUGUUCUCAAUCUCGACAACAAUCAGCUGGAAGGAAGUAUACCAGCAAGUUUAUUUCAACACCGGAGAGUUCAAGUAAUUUCAUUGGCCUUCAAUAAACUCGGUGGUGAAAUGUGGAAAGGGCCAUGGUGUGUACCCGAACUCAGGGUCUUUGAUCUCACCAACAAUAGCCUCACGGGUAUAAUCCUUCCUUUUAUUGGAAAUGCCACAAAAAUGAUGAACUUCAGUUUGUCUGGAAAUAGAGUCAGUGGCAACAUUCCAAAGGAGGUCGGUAAUCUAAGCCAACUUGCACACUUGUACUUGACUGAUAAUCAAUUAACUGGUUCCAUUACCGCAACACUGUUUAACAUUUCUUCGCUGCUUUCCAUACAUCUGGGAUUGAAUAGACUUUCUGGUCCUCUCUUUCUUGAUGAAGGGAAUAUUGUGUCAAAUCUGAAGUUUUUAAGUAUAUCUUACAACCAAAUUUCUGGUAGCAUUCCUUCCGACAUAUGCCAACUCACAGAUCUCCAAGCUUUGUCCAUAUCUUUCAACAACAUAACUGGAGACAUACCCAGAAAUAUUGGUUGUUUAUCCAAGCUCGAGAUAUUCCAUAUUGGUGAUAAUCUAAUAAAAGGGACUAUUCCCACUUCAUUGGGAAAUAUUUCCACUCUGCAAUAUCUUAAUUGUAGAAACAAUCGCAUAGCGGGUCAAAUUCCUCCAGAAUUAGGGAAGCUAUCAAAUUUGAGGCAAUUAACCAUUGAACAGAAUUAUAAUAUUAUUGGUCAAAUUCCAGAGGCUAUUUUCAACAUAUCUUCUUUGGAAAUUAUUGAUUUCAGUUUCAGUAACCUCUCUGGUAGAAUUCCAGCCACUACAGGUCUUCAUCUUCCGAACCUUAAAGGACUUUACCUGGGAGCCAAUAAGCUGGAAGGGGAGAUUCCAUUGUUCAUAACAAAUGCUUCCAAGCUUGAGAACCUGGUGCUAGACGAGAACUUUCUCACAGGCGCUAUUCCUACUAAUUUAGGAAAUCUUCAUGAGCUGCGAGAGCUGUUCCUACAUGAUAAUCAACUUACCAAUGAACCAAGAGAGCGUGAGUUGCGAUUCUUCAAUUCUUUGGCAGGCUGUAGGGUGUUACGAUAUCUACAAGUGGGUUCCAAUCCACUGAAUGGCGUUCUGCCCAAUUCUAUUGGGAAUCUUUCAUCUACAAUUGAAAACUUUUAUAUAGCAUAUGCACACAUCAACGGCCUCAUCCCCACAAGUAUAGGCAACAUAAGCGGUCUAGUGGGCCUAUACUUUGAAGGAAACAACUUGGCAGGGAAUAUUCCUUCUGAGAUUGGUAAGCUUAAGCAACUCCAAGGGAUGUAUCUACAUAACAAUAAAUUGCAAGGACAUAUUCCAGAGUCGGUAUGCCAUUUAUCCAAUUUAGUUCAAUUAAUUCUGCAUGGUAAUGAGCUCUCUGGAUCAAUUCCAGAAUGCUUAGGAAAUCUUAGCAUGCUACAGAAGGUUUAUUUGGGUUAUAAUAAAUUUUCAUCAAAAUUUCCAUUGAGCCUUUGGAAGAUGAGUGGCCUUCUCUAUCUAAGCGUGUCACAAAAUUCUAUAGAGGGAGAAGUUCCAUCAGAUAUUGGAGGACUGAAAGCCAUUGUAGGACUAUAUCUUUCCAGUAACCACUUUUCAGGCAUGAUACCAACCAAAUUCGGGGAACUCCAAAACCUGCAGUCUCUUGACCUAUCGAACAAUUCAUUUUUUGGCCAAAUUCCAUUAUCCUUUGCCAACUUGAUAAGCUUGGAAUUCUUGAAUUUGUCUUUAAAUGCAUUGUCGGGUACUAUUCCUAAGUCUUUGGAAAAACUCUUGUCCCUGAAAAGCAUUAAUGUUUCAUUUAAUGGUUUAGAUGGCGAAAUACCCAGUGACGGUGUGUUUGCAAAUUCCACUCUGCAAUCAUUUCUCGGGAACAAAGGUCUAUGUGGAGCACACAUAUUGGAGAUUCCUUCUUGUGCUAUCACCAAUCCUGGACAACAAUCAAAGCUUAAGGAGAUUGUGCUAAAAAUUGUUACUCCAGUGAUUAUUUCAUCCUUUCUAAUAUUUUUGUUGGUUUCAAUUUGGAUAAUGAAACGACAGAAGAAAGGAAAGUCCAAAGAUGUGGAAAUAGUACCGGAGAUCGGGACUUAUCAAUUUGUUUCUUAUCACGAGAUUCAACGAGCAACAAAUAAUUUUGAUGAAUCAAAUUUAAUUGGUGUGGGAAGUUCUGGCUCUGUGUACAAAGGCACAUUAUCUGGUGAAAGUGUAGUGGCGAUAAAGGUUCUGGAUUUGGAAAAUGAGCAAGUAUGCAGAAGGUUUGAUACUGAAUGCGAAGUGAUGAGAAAUGUUAGACACAGAAAUCUUGUUCCGGUGAUUACUACUUGUUCUAGUGACUAUAUAAGAGCCUUUGUACUGCAAUAUAUGCCCAACGGGAAUCUUGAGAAUUGGUUGUACAGAGAAGACUGCCACUUGAACUUUCUUCAAAGAGUCACUGUAAUGCUUGAUGCAGCUAUGGCAGUUGAAUAUCUACAUCAUGGUCAUGUCACUCCAAUAAUUCAUUGCGACCUAAAGCCAGCCAACGUUCUUUUGGAUGAAGAUAUGGUGGCUCAUGUUGGUGAUUUUGGAAUCUCUAAAAUUUUAGCCAUAAGCAAGUCCGUGGCACAUACCAUGACAUUGGGCACUCUUGGAUAUAUUGCACCAGAAUAUGGCUCGGAGGGAAUAGUGUCCGCUAGUGGUGAUGUUUAUAGUUACGGCAUCAUGUUGAUGGAGGUUUUGACCAAAAGAAGGCCAACAGAUGAAGAGAUAUGCAAUGAAAAUCUUGACUUGAGGAAAUGGAUCACACAAUCAUUUUCAGGGACUAUGAUGGACGUUGUGGAUGCCAAUCUUUUUUCCGAGGAAGAACAGAUCACUUCCCAAAGUGAAAUCUGCAUAGCCUCCAUGAUAGAAUUGGGUUUAGACUGCACAAAGGAAAUGCCAGAAUCAAGAAUAACCAUGAAAGAAGUAGUCAAGAGGCUUAACAAAAUCAAGAACACAUUUCUGGAAACAUAGAAGUGAUCAGCAUCUCUUUCAAUAGUGUUCUUUUCUGAUGCUUUUUGUUUACCUGGUUUCUGUAGUAAAGUCGUCGUGUAGUACUUACUUGGAAUCAUGUAUUGUUUGUAAUUUCAUUUGAGUGGUUUUGAACCUGUUCUACUUUUAGCUAUUUGUAAUUAUGUUUUGAAUGCUAGCUAUAAAGAAAUCAGAAUGAAAUUAAUAAUGGUGUUUA